AUGGCCGCCCAAGAAAAUAGCCAGCAAGACUUUCACUUUAUCGUACCAAGCCCAGUACCAACUCGCCGACUAAGAUCUGAAUCCACGCAUGAGAGAGCUGUUGCCGGUGAAUGUAGGAUUGGAGUCUGCCAUGAUUUUCAUCGGGACAAGGGCCAUGGAUUUAUCAAGCCUGAGGAUAGUAAUGACUUGAUAUUUGUUCAUAUAUCCGAUAUUAAUGGAGAAUACGUAUUAAAAGCGGGUGAUGCGGUCAAAUUUAAAACUUGUCCUUUACCACCAAAAUGUGAUAAGCUGCAAGCUGUUGAUGUCACUAUCGUUGAUGCCGAUGAACUUUCUCAUGAACGAUGGUCGUAA